UCCUCCAUUUGGGGAGGAGAGUGGAGGGGAGAGGAGCCGGCUCUGAGUCACAUGUGCUCUGUGCAGCCGCUGCAGCUGACCGGAUACCUGCCUCGACUGUCUGGACUGCACAAACAGUGACUGUGGGAGGUGUUGUGGAUGCAGGGGGUGCGCAGCUCUGUGGGAACAUACCUUAGGUACCCAUUCACUUUGCCAUGCUGAUUACAUGUUGGUAUUUAUACCUCGCAGCUCGGAGCCUCGCCAAACAAUCACUGAACAUGGCCUCAAUUCUGCAGAAGCUGAUCACCCCACUGUUCAGUGGUCCUCCUGAGCCCCCGAGGAAUAAAGUGACAGUGGUAGGCGUGGGCCAGGUUGGCAUGGCCUGUGCUGUUAGCAUCCUGCUCAGGGAGCUGGCUGAUGAACUGGCCCUGGUGGAUGUGAUGGAGGACAAGCUGAAAGGAGAGAUGAUGGACCUGCAGCACGGCAGCCUCUUCCUAAAAACUCCCAAAAUAGUCGCAGACAAAGACUACUCUGUGACAGCAAACUCCCGCAUCGUGGUGGUGACAGCCGGAGUCCGCCAGCAGGAGGGAGAGAGCAGGCUGAACCUCGUCCAGAGAAACGUCAACAUCUUUAAACACAUCGUCCCUCAGAUUGUCCGAUACAGCCCUGACUGCACCAUCAUUGUGGUUUCUAACCCAGUUGAUGUGCUGACUUAUGUAACCUGGAAACUGAGCGGCCUUCCCCAGCACCGCGUCAUCGGCAGCGGCACCAACUUGGACUCAGCGCGCUUCCGCUACCUGAUGGCCGAUAAACUGGGAAUCCACCCCAGCAGCUUCAACGGCUGGAUCCUGGGAGAACACGGAGACACCAGUGUGCCUGUGUGGAGUGGAACAAACGUGGCUGGAGUCAACCUGCAGACGUUAAACCCGGACAUCGGCACCGACUGUGACGAGGAGAACUGGAUGGAAACACACAAGAUGGUGGUGAACAGUGCCUACGAGGUGAUCAAACUGAAGGGUUACACCAACUGGGCCAUCGGUCUGAGUGUAGCCGACCUGACUGAGAGUCUCAUCAGGAACAUGAACAGGAUUCAUCCCGUUUCCACCAUGGUGAAGGGCAUGUACGGGAUCAGCGAGGAGGUGUACCUGAGUCUGCCCUGCGUGCUGAACAACGGAGGCGUGGCCAGCGUGGUCAACAUGACCCUGACAGACGACGAGGUGGCCCAACUGCAGGCCAGUGCCAACACGCUGUGGGACAUCCAGAGGGACCUGCGGGACAUCUAACUGAACAGCAGAGGGCGAUGUAGCUGUACCCUCCUGACGUAUUAUCACUCUGCAGUCACUAAACACCACACAGCUCCACCUUCCACGCCUCCAACCCACUGCCCUCUGUAGAUUCACAGGCGUACGGGAGUUUAAUCCCGGCAGAUUUAGCUGUAGGUGUCAGUUUGUGACACCGUCUGAGUGAAAUGCUGCUCUGACUCAUUUGUCCUCGGCUGUGUUGCAGUGUGGGGCUGUGUGUCACUCGUGUUGCUUCGGUGUGCAAUAAAGCAAGUUUGUUGUUGCUUGAA